AUGACGCUUCCACUCAGCCGGAGGGACGCAGCCGGAGGGACUGCUGUCAACGAGGGGCAGCUCCGUCGCUGGGACAGAGCCACAGGGGCCUCGUGCUCUGAUAGGCGCCCCGGGCCACUGCAUCCCGUCUUCUGCCAGACUCGCCCAUUAGGGGCUCCCACGAAGAAGGGGCUCCUCUCUGAUCGGCGGCGGGUGGGUCUGAUGGGAAGACCCAUCCUGAUGGCCCAGGGCAACGCUCUGCCUCCUAGUAUCCCCUCUGCAGAGAAGGUCCCCCGCCGCCCCCCGACUAGACGAGAGGAGAGCAGGGGCUUCCGGGCGCGGGGAAGACGGGCAGGGGAGCGGCGAGCGGGGCGGACGCGGGGAAGGGAGCCGCGGUGCUCCUGGCGCCCACCAGAGGGCGCCCUCCCGCCUCGCUUGGCGCCGCUGGGUCCUCCGGCCGCCAGUGGCCGCUGCGGGCGCCGGGGCCGGGGCCGGCCUGCCCGCCGGUUGCCGGGGAGCGGCCGCCGAAGCCCGCGGAGCGACUGGGGGCCGCAGACCCGCUCAGGGUCAGCCGCUCUCGGGGCGGCGUCUGCGGGCCGAGCGAUGGUGGAGGGCUCUCAGCCCCAGGAGGAGCUGUCUCCCGGCUCGGCCAGGCUGCCCCCGGGUGUGAGGGCUGGCCGCUGGACUGUGCCGUCCCAGUUGGCGAGCCUGGGGCACUCGGAGGCCGCCCAGCAGCCCACCGCCCAGGGGCAUCUGCAGCCUGAAGUCAGAAUGCUCAAGGGGCGGCUUCCAAACACUGACGAAGACCUCGCCGCCCGCCCCGGGUCCCCGGCCGCUGACGACCGUCGGGGACCCGAGAAGAGCCCAGUGCGCCCCCUGGACACCCUGGCGCAAGUCGGCAACGAGGACCCACAGGCCAGGGGGAGACCCUUCAGUCCGAAGCCGCCGCCGCCGAGGCCCAGGCUGGAGCGAGCAUUGUCCCUGGAUGAGAAGGGCUGGAGGAAGAGGCGUUUUCGAACCAGCCGUGAGGACCUGGCUGCGAGGAACGGGCCCAGCCCCUCCGGGGGCUCCCUGCAGGACGAGGCCCCCGAGACCGCCGCCCGCGGUGGCUCCCCGCCCUGCCUGAGCACCUCCCUGCAGGAGAUCCCCACAACCCGCAGGGCCCUGGGCAGCGGAGGCCCCUCCUCGCUGGGUAACUGUCUUUCCGGGAUGAUCAGCACUUCCCUGGACCUCCUGCACCGGGACGGGGCCUCGGCCGGGAGCACCCCGCGGCUGGCCAGCCUGCUUCCCCCGCACCCACUGCCCGCCAUGGACUGGAACGUCGCCUCCGACGCCCUGCGGACAGCAAACAAGGUGGACUUGGAUCACGCGGACCGUCAGCUGCGGUGGCAGGCCAGAGCGUUCUGGGCCCACAGCGGCCUGCGCCCCGGCCGGCCCCCGAGCCCCCUGGCCCGGGACGACUGCUCCCUGCACUCGGCCAGGUCCGCCGUCAGCCUUCUGGCGCCCGUCCGCACCAAGGACGUCCGCAGCAGGAGCUACCUGGAGGGGAGUCUCCUGGCGAGCGGGGCCCUGAUGGGGGCAGACGAGCUGGCUCGCUACUUUCCAGACCGGAACGUGGCCCUCUUCGUGGCCACCUGGAACAUGCAGGGACAGAAGGAGCUGCCCCCGAACCUAGACGAGCUCCUGCUGCCGGCCGAGGCUGACUUUGCUCAGGACCUGUACGUCGUCGGCGUCCAGGAGGGCUGCUCGGACAGGCGGGAGUGGGAGACGAGGUUGCAGGAGACGCUGGGCCCCCACUACGUCAUGCUGUACUCGGCGGCCCACGGGGCGCUCUACAUGUCUGUGCUCAUCCGCAGGGACCUCAUCUGGUUCUGCUCUGAGGUGGAGAGCUCCACGGUGACCACGCGCAUCGUGUCGCAGAUCAAAACCAAGGGGGCCCUGGGCGUCAGCUUCACCUUUUUCGGCACCUCCCUCCUCUUCGUCACGUCCCACUUCACCUCUGGAGACGGGAAGGUGGGCGAGCGGCUGGUGGACUACAGCAAGACCGUCCAGGGCCUGGCGCUGCCCAAGAAUGUGCCGGACACCAGCCCCUACCGCUCUGACGCCGCGGACGUCACCUCCCGCUUCGACGGGGUCUUCUGGUUCGGAGACUUCAACUUCCGCCUGAGCGGCGGGCGGGCGGCCGUGGAAGCCAUCCUGAAGCAGGACCCGGGCGCCAGCGUGCAGGCCCUGCUGCAGCACGACCAGCUCACGCGGGAGAUGAAGAGAGGGUCCAUCUUCAAGGGCUUCCAGGAGCCGUACAUCCACUUCCUGCCGACGUACAAGUUCGACGUCGGGAAGGACUCGUAUGAUACCACUUCCAAGCAGAGGACCCCUUCGUACACGGACCGCAUCAUGUAUAGGAGCCGCCACAGGGACGACAUCUGUCCCGUCAAGUACUCCUCCUGCCCCGGGAUCAGGACGUCCGACCACCGCCCCGUGUAUGGCCUGUUCCGGGUCAGAGUGAGGCCGGGGAGAGACAACAUCCCGCUAGCUGCCGGCAAGUUUGACCGAGAACUGUACCUGAUAGGAAUUAAGAGACGGAUUUCCAGAGAGAUCCAGAGACAGCAGGCGCUGAAGAGCCAGCACUCCAGCGCCAUCUGUACCGUCUCUUGA